UUGUAUCUUUUUUCAACCAUACCAAAGUCAGAAGGAAUGGGUGCAUAGUCCGAAAGAAAUGCGAACAUAAGUGACUUGUAGUGUAACCAUUAGAAUUCCAGAUCAUUUUUGUCAUUAAAGAACAUAUCACGUGACUAACCACGGGUCCGGGUAGUCCUGCGGGUACCUUGGUCCUACUCAGUACCCACCCGACCGGGGUUCCCGAGUUACCCGUCCCACCCCUAGUCGGGGAACUAUAUUGGAAAUAACUUUUGUCAGUGAUGUGUCAAUUUUGGAAAUGGCCUCCAUAUACCUAUGAUAAUUAUUUUGGAAAGCUUUACUGAGGCCUUGAAUGUUGUAAUCUUGAUCAAUAUGGGAUAGUGGUGUAUAGAGUUGAAAAAUCAAAUGUUUUAACAAAACUGAACUUGGUCAAGCAAAUCCUUUGAGUUUUUGAGAAUCCACAUAUUAUUUAUUCACAUGUCUCAAAUACAUUCUGUGAAUAUAAGUAAAGCCCUUCCUUGAUUGUGCUAAGGAUUAUGGUUACUCUUGAGACAGAGAUUUGGUGGUACAUUUGCUUAACCCACCAAUAUAUCUUAUUCUGUACAUAUUUUUAUGGAGCUUUGGAGUCCAGUACAAAAGAGGAAUAGACAUGUCUUCAAGUUUUAGUCAAGCCAAAAGUGGAUAGUACUGAUGGAUGUUUUGGCAGAUUUCUUUCUCAGUUAAGAACAUUCAACUCUUGACUCAUUACAAACAGAAUUGCAUAUUUACUUGUGGUUACUUUACAGACAGCUGCCGGGGGGAUAUGUCAUCUUUCUGAUGACUCUUGUUUUACUCUGUAUAUUUUUGUAGAAAUGUUGGGGUUAAUUGGGAUAAUGAUCAAGAAAAAUAUGUUCUCAAUUUUUAAUUAAUUUUGUACUGUGACAUAUAUCAUUUGUACAUAAUUGUGGAACACAUCCAUGUGUAUCCUGUUUCUCACAGGAUGAGACAAUAGUCAUUGCCCUUCAACAAAUGAUAGUUAUCAUGUUUCGGCGCUUUGUGUGAGGUUUUAGAAAGUUUAUUACACAUGACACUUGUUACCUACUGGAUAUGAAUAUGUUAUUAUCAGUGUGUUGAAUGUGAGAAAAUCAUUUACAGUAUCAGGUAGUGUAUCCUGAUACAUAUCAAAUCAUCAAAUUGUGUUAGCUCCCAUCCCUGGUUGUUAUUGGUGGUGUUCUUGUGGAAACAUCUUAAGGAAAUGGAUUAUGCACGACUCUUUUAUGUUUUCAGUGAACACCAUAACACCCACAAGUUAAUAAUGGAAGUACAAAGCCCACCACAGAAUCCAGGCUCUGAAACAUGUGUUGUCUUGGACAGUGAGAGAGAUUUGCUGGAAACAGAUGAUCUCAGGAAAAACACUGUUUCUGACGUGAUAGAAACAGGUGAUCUCAAGAAACAGGAGGGAAUCAAGCCUGAUCAGUGUGUUGUAUGUGGGAAAGAGUUUAAAUGCUCAAGUAAACUGAAGGCACACAUGAAGAUUCACACUGGAAACAAGUCUUAUCAGUGUGGUGAAUGUGGGAAACAAUUUAGACAAUCAUAUAACCUGCAGAGACACAUUAGGAGCCACAGUGGAAUCAAACCUCAUCAGUGUGAUGAAUGUGGGAAAGAAUUUUCAGAGUUAGGUAGCGUGCAGAGACACAUGAGGAUUCACAGUGGAAUCAAGCCUUAUAAGUGUGUUGAAUGUGGGAAAGAAUUUGCGCAUUCAGAUAGCUUGCAGUCACACAUGAAGAUUCACAGUGGAAUAAAGCCUUAUCAGUGUGUUGAGUGUGGGAAAACAUUUACAGAGUCAGGUAACCUGCAGAGACACAUGAGGGUUCACAGUGGAAUCAAGCCUUAUAAGUGUGUUGAAUGUGGGAAAGAAUUUGCAUAUUCAGAUAGCCUGCAGUCACACAUGAGGAUUCACAGUGGAAUAAAGCCUUAUCAGUGUGUUGAAUGUGGGAAAACAUUUACAGGGUCAAGUAACCUGCAGACACACAUGAGGAUUCACAGUGGAAUAAAGCCUUUUCAGUGUGCUGAAUGUGGGAAAGAAUUUUCACGAUCAUGUCAUCUGCAGAUACACAUGAGUAUUCACAGUGGAAACAAGUCUUAUCAGUGUGGUGAAUGCGGGAAACGAUUUACACAAUCAUAUAACCUGCAGAGACACAUUAGGAGUCACAGUGGAAUCAAGCCUUAUCAGUGUGUUGAAUGUGGGAAAGAAUUUUCAGAGUCAGGCAGUCUGCAGAGACACAUGAGGAUUCACAGUGGAGUCAAGCCUUACAAGUGUGUUGAAUGUGGGGAAAAAUUUACAUAUUCAGAUAGCCUGCAGUCACACAUAAGGAGUCACAGUGAAAUCCAGCCUUAUCAGUGUGGUGUGUGUGAGAAAACAUUUACAGAAUCAUGUCAUCUGCAGACACACAUGAAGAUUCACAGUGGAGAGAAACCUUAUCAGUGUGUUGAAUGUGGGAAACAAUUUGCAAAAUCAGGUGGCCUGCAGAGACACAUGAGGAUUCACAGUGGAAUAAAGCCUUAUAAGUGUGUUGUAUGUUGGAAAGAAUUUACUGAGUCAAGUAACCUGCAGAAACACAUGAGGACUCACAGUAGAAUCAAGCCUUCCUAGCAAUGUUGAAUCAAUGUUUAUACUUCAUCGAUAUUGAUAUUUUGGUCCAGAUCCAGGUCCAUUAUCACUCAAGAGAAUUAAGGCUGCUUUGAAUCAUCCUAGCUGUUUUUGUUGAGCAGUUUGUUACAUGGAUGCAUCUUGGGCUCAACACCAUCAGCCAGAGACUAAUCAGUCAAAGCAGUGAAACGUCUGACGUCUCCUUUGGGCAGCUUACUGGCUAAAAAGUUCUUUGUCACGCUAAAGAAAUGGGUUCGAUUCCCAACAUGGGUAUAUUGCCAUAUAUUGCUGUAAUAUUGCAAAAAAGAAUAAAAGAAUAUGAAGGCUUAAUCAUGUUAAUGUUGUAUUCCACCAGGAAAAUGCACCUAUAAUCUAUAAAUCUGUUGUCGCCAUGACGACAAUGCAUGACUGUAGCUUUGAACU